UUCAUUUAUCAGCACUGCAAACAGCAGUUAAACAAUUAAUCAGUAUGUGUCACCAUCACACAAGAGCUCGGUCCUGCCCAAGCCAUCGCCUGUCCACCCUUCCCAGUAUGUAUCCCUGCCUGCCACGGCACCUCUACCACUGAAACCCAAUUUCCCAAGAAGUUAAAAGGCAGCUCACUCACUGCUCACUUAGUGCCACACUGAGCCUUGGGGUUUGUGCAUGUCUAAUAACCUCAGGAUGAGUUAAACCUUCCACAAACCGUUUUGUGCCCUGCUGACGCUGGCCCCUGCCCCAGCUGAUACAAUCAGUAACUGGGUUCCACUACAGAGCACAGAGCACCAGGAUUUCCCUGGAAACAGUGCCAGUCACCCCAGAGCAUGCUCCACACCAGCCCACAGGCCCCCAGGCCCAUCAGUUCCCACUAGAGCCCAGGAGGGAUGUGCCAGAUGCCCCACUCCCACCCAGCAGUCAUUCCACACAUUUUCUGCACCUACACCCAGGGACAGAGUAGCAAUUACCUGGCAGCUGCUUUCCCUGAUCUGCUGAGCUGUUCAGACAGCAGACACUGUGUCCCACACAGUCAUCACUGAUGGAACACUCAGAGCUACCUGGUACCUGCUGCCUUUGGCAGCUGGGAACAGCAUCAAGAGCUCAGUUUGGAAGAAGACACAGAAGGUGUUGCAUUGACAUCAGUCCUGGAGCAUUGCAGUGGACUGUGCCACUUUCACACAGUCCCUGAGGGGCAAACAGAAGGUGGGUUAGGCAGCCAGGGACACAUCAAACUGAUGGCAAUGGCAAGGGUGAGCUUCAUCCCAGCCAUCCUCAAGGCUCUUCAAUCUCUCCAGCCAUUUAACACUGACACCAGCCCCCACAUUAACAAAAAUGCAUCAGGUACUGAUGGACAAACUCCCUGUCACACAGCUGCAGCCCAAGCACCAGUGAAUCAACCCCGCCUGCCCCAAAGGGAUGGCUUGACCACGAGGCACUUCCCACACUGCAGCAAGCACAGAGCCAGAGCUGCCACAUCAGUGGGCAGGAAUGGACUUACACAAACAGCUCUGUUCACAGAGAAAUGCACCAAACUCCAGCAUUACACCUAACAAACAAAUUAUCAAUCCACAGCCUCCCAUGCAGCAGCAGCUCCUGCCAGGACCAGAAAGUGGUUGUAACCAGCACAGUGCAUCAUCUGGCUACACAGACCAAAAUAAACCAGGAGUUCUUUGGAUCUCCAUUCUGGAGAUCCAAAGUUGGGCUCAGGUUCCUGUGUCAGUAUUCCCAGGCCACAGGGAGAGGGGGCAGUUCCUGAGUACGUCGGUGCACAUGGUUUUGGAGUCAAGUACCCACUGUAAAGUGGCUCUGAGCAGACUCUGGUCACACAUUGACAAUGACUAGUGCCAUCCAGAACAGCGAAUUCACACACACAAAUAACAACUAGGAGCUAUAUUUGAAGAUUAUCCUGGAAAACUGUCAGGAAAUACUCUGUGUUUGUUCAUCCUGCAUCUCUAAAGGAGCCAAGUCAUAAUGCCCAGAGCAGGUGCAGCAGGUCUGUCCCACACACACACAAACCCAGAAAUGUGUCUGUCUUGAGGGACAGGGUCAGGCUUUCUUUACUAGUUUACGAGAAGGCAGUAUCCUUUCUCAUGCAGAGCAAAGGGAAGAGAGAAAGCAUGAUUAACUAACUCAGCAACUCAUGAAAACGAGGAAGGAAACCACACAACACACCAGCAGAAAAAGGUCUGAUCUUUCUACUCAUUUCCCCUUUCUUAAUACUUUGCUCAAGGCUUCUGUUGGCAGAGGAACAGUGGAUGAGCCGGGGACAGUCACGGAGGCCUCUGCACCAGCUGCUGCAGGUUUGCUCAGUCUGUUUUAAGCAAUGGGAGACUCUGCAAACACAAGCACUGUGGGUUACACCAGCGGAGCACCCUCCUCCCCGCCGUGCCAGCGCGACACCACCGUCACCCGCCUGCUCUUCCCAGCGCUGUACACGCUCAUCUUCCUCCUGGGACUCGUACUGAACAGCCUGGCCUGCUGGGCUUUCUUCCACAUUCCAAGCACAUCAACUUUCAUUGUCUACUUGAAAAAUAUCUCAGUUUCUGACCUUAUAAUGACCCUGAUGCUUCCUCUAAAGAUCCUGACAGACUCUGGCCUGGGACCGUGGCAGCUCAAAGCCUUUGUCUGUCGCUUCUCAGCCGUCAUAUUCUAUGACACCAUGUACAUAAGCAUAGUGCUGCUCGGGCUCAUGGCUUUUGACAGAUUUCUCAAGAUUGUGAGACCUUUUGGGAAGUUCUGGGUGCAAAACCUGACCUCAGCAAAGAUCCUCACAGGUCUGGUCUGGCUCUUCUUCAUUGUUCUCUCUCUGCCCAACACAAUCUUGUCCAACAAGACAGCGACGCCCCAGUCCGUGAGGAAGUGUGCCUCCUUGAAGAGUUACCUCGGGCUCAAGUGGCAUGAAGCAGUCAACUAUAUCUGUCAGUUCAUCUUCUGGACUGUCCUCAUCCUCAUGUUGCUAUUUUAUACAAUUAUCACCAAAAAGGUAUAUGAGUCAUACGUAAAAACACAGAAGAAAGACAACAAAAGGGAAAAACGGAUCAAGGGGAAAGUAUUCAUCAUUUUUACCGUGUUCUUCUUAUGCUUUGCCCCCUUCCACUUCAGCAGGGUCCCCUACACUCUGAGCCAAACGAGUGCCCGCAUGGACUGUGGCCUGCAGAACCAGCUCUUCGUGGCCAAAGAGAGCACACUGUGGCUGGCGGCCACCAACGUCUGCAUGGACCCCCUGAUCUACAUGUUCCUGUGCAAGCCCUUCGUGGAGAAGGUGUUAUGCAGGAGAGUAAAGACCCUUCAGAGAGCGGUUCACAGAAACCCAAAAACUGAACUGGACACACAAGUGUCUCCUACCGAGUCUUGACUCCAAAGCUGCACGCUCUACUCUGUGUUCAUAGAGAAUGUGAAAAAUGGUUUGGGUUUACCUCUGUUGGAGAAAACAAAAGGGUGGUUGUACUGUAAUAUUAAAACUUAAUAAAAACAGCAAA